AUGGUUAGUAAAUCGCCGGAAUCCUCCCAGUUCUCUAAGUGGGUCAUGAUGGUGUCGCAUGCGUCGCGGACGGCAUCAGAGGACGGGUUAGGUGUGGAUGCGCCACCUACAGAGCCUGUCCAUUAUUCAGACGCUCAUCUGAUGGGCAUAGUAAGCGAUACCAGUAUAACAGGAACAUCUGGAUUAUGCUCGAGUCGCAUUCAUCCCAAUGUGUUAUAUGUCCAUAAUGACCGGGGUGACAACUCCCACGUGUAUGCUUUGAAUGGCAUGACUGGACAGCUAAUGGCUUCUAUCAAAGUGACUGGAGCUAGCAAUUACGACUGGGAGGACAUCGCAUGCGGCCCCUGUGGAGGUGGACAGGAAGGACAUUGCAUCUAUAUAGGGGACAUCGGUGACCAUUCCGGCAGUGGUGCACGUGAUAUUAUUUAUAAGAUCAGAGAGCCCGCCGUACUGCCAUCUAGCCCACGUCAUGAUGUCAAAGUACGGGUGGAUGGAGAACUUCACUUCACGUGGAACCCACCAGGUUUGGAUGCCGAUACAUUGAUGGUUGACCCUCAAGGGGUUCUGUACGUCAUCACUAAAGCACCAAACGGGCAUGGUCAGGUUGGAGCUAUUCCCCCGCAUUCUUGGACCGACAGUGAUACCCCUGUUCAUUUUACGAACACGCUUACCCUGCCCAUUACGACCUCUGACCCCGGACCUCUAGGUGGGGAUAUUUCAAAAGACGGAAGAAAGAUACUUAUAAAAACAUCCAAUCAAAUAUUAUACUGGUACGUUCCGAUUGGUGUUAGCUAUUUGGAUGUCCUCAGUAAAAAUCCUGUUGCUGUCCCUUACGAGCACCAGAUCCGAGGCCAAGCAGUGGGAUGGGACCAAAAUGGCCAGGGGUAUUACACCCUUGCCGAGGGUUGGAGACAAGGUCUGUAUUACUAUGGACAGAUCUGAUUAAUAAACUACAAAUAAAUCACGCGUAGCUCGUCAUUUUACAUACCUUUAUUUUCAAGUUAUUAAUUUGUCGUAUUUUCCCCCCGUAUCUCCGAUGUCCAUUAUCCAUCAGAUUUCCUGUCGGAACAUUUUUGAAGUCCGUUCCAUUUUUAAGUAGAGCUCUUGGUUUCAAGCUACAGUUGUG